UUUGAUACUCUAAUAAUUGUGAAGUAGCCUGUACAGCACCCUCUCUCACCAGCUACUGUACUGUACGCAGGCUGAUGCCUGUGGUGGAUUUAGCUGACGUCAUGAACGGAGCUGUCUGUCAAUGCUUUGUUUGUAAUAUGGAAGUUUAGUGAGUAGACUGACUGCUUCUUCAGCGGUAGUCGAGAAUAACUACGGACAAACUAUUGUCUAUGCGUCUUUUUUAUUUGCAUAACUGAACUGGUAAAGUAUCGAGAGAUUAUAACGUCGUUAUAAAUGUCGUCUGGAGGGAACACGAUUUUGGAGUCGUUUUAACUAUUUACAACUUCGGAUAGGCUUCUUGUUGCUGUUAAUAGUACAAACAAAUAUUUCCUCCUUAUAUCGUUAAAAUCUUGAAUGCAGUUCUGAAACAACGGCAAAAAAACGACUCGUCAGACCGAAUGAGUACUGUAAAUUUUAGCGGCAAUGAGGAGCUGGACUUCAGACUUAUUUUCGGGGAGGAGGCGCAACAACAGCUAGGCCCCGUAGCUGGUCCAGAACCUGAUGACAGCACGCAAUACUACACCACCCAGCCUAUUGGCCAGGCCCUGGACGUACAACAGAGUCACCAGCGCCAUCAAGCUGUCUCUAACCAGGCUCCUCUGCAGGCCCAUGGUAACUACCACCCCAGCUCCAGCUAUGAAGAUCACGGUUCCAGAUACAGUGCCACUGGACACAUCCCCAAGGCAUUUGACUGCCCAAGCAUCCAAAUCACAUCCAUCAGUCACCAAGAGCUGGUCUCCAGCCAGGAUGCCUUGCUCAUCAGCGGGGCAGAUGGCGGGGGGGAGUGCAGCCGCGAGUGUUCCUCGUCCACGGAUCACCUCUACCUGUCCCUGGACCCCUGUUACAGGGACUCAUCCUCCCUGAACCCCAGCCCCUGCAGCAGCCUGUCCUCCAGGAGCUGGCUGUCUGACAUGUCUUCCUGCGAGUCCUUCUCCCACGUGUAUGAUGACGUGGAGGCUGAGCUAAACGAGGCGGCCGCCCGCUUCACCCUGGGCUCCCCGCUGGCCUCUCCCCUGGCCUCCCCUAUCUGCUCACCACAGGGCCAGGCCGCAGGGGGAUUUGGGGUAGAGCUGUGGCAGCAGCAGUACUUCAUGAGCACCUACUCACUCUCGCCCCACCAGUCCCCUCGCCAAUCGCCCCGCCAGUCCCCCUGUCACUCCCCGCGCAACAGUGUCACAGAUGAGAACUGGCUGAACCUGCAUCCCACCUCCAGGUCUGGCUCAAGACCCACAUCCCCUUGUGGGAAAAGAAGGCACUCCAGUGCCGACGUCCACUUAGCCUCCCCCUCCCCCUCGCCACACCACUCCCCCAGCCCCACACCGGGCCACUCUCCCAGGGGCAGUGUGACAGAGGAUACCUGGGUGGCUGGAAGCCCUGGUGCCAUGGGGGCCCUCCUGUACAGCUUCCCUGAGGUAGACGUUCCAUCCAAGACCAGGAGGACCUCUCAUCAGGGUCACAUGGGUCUAUUCCAAGCACAGGGAGAUUCCGGGCAGGGGCUGGAAGACCACAGAGCUGCUUUGCCUUACCUGGAUUCACCUGCAGAGGAGUCUGGGUCUACUCUAAAACAGGAUGGCCUUUUUGAAGAAGUUUUUCUCUCGGUUCCCUCACACUUCACCUGGAGCAAACCCAAACUUGGCAACACACCCCUUUUCAGGACCUCGUCCCUGCCCCCUCUGGACUGGCCCCUGCCCAGCCAGUUUGGCCAGUGUGAGCUGAAGGUGGAUGUGCAGCCGCGGGGCCACCACAGGGCCCACUAUGAGACAGAGGGCAGUCGGGGGGCCAUCAAGGCGGCCUCAGGAGGACACCCUUUAGUCAAGCUCAUUGGAUACAACGAGAAGCCAGUCAACCUGCAGAUUUUCAUUGGAACGGCAGACGAUCGCUACUUGAGACCGCAUGCCUUCUACCAGGUGCACAGAGUAACGGGAAAGACGGUGGCUACUGCUUGCCAGGAAAGUGUAAUAAGCAGUACAAAGGUUCUGGAAAUACCUCUGCUCCCCGAAAACAAUAUGUCCAGCAGUAUUGACUGUGCAGGCAUCUUGAAGCUGAGGAACUCUGACAUUGAGCUCAGGAAGGGGGAGACAGACAUCGGGAGGAAGAACACACGUGUGCGAGUGGCAUUCCGUGUGUAUAUCCCUCAGCCCAGCGGAAAGGUCAUGUGCCUGCAAGCUGCCUCUAUUCCUGUGGAGUGCUCCCAGCGCUCGGCCACAGACCUUCCCCAGAUGGAGAGCUGCAGUCCCGUCAGCUGCUUGGUCAGUGGGGGGGAGGAGAUGGUCAUCACCGGCUCCAACAUAUCCCCAGAGUCAAAGGUCAUCUUCCUGGAGAAAAGCCCUGAUGGACACACACAAUGGGAAGUUGACGGAAACGUUAUUGGAGAAAAGAGUAAAAGAUCCAGAAUCGUGGUUGAGAUUCCUACCUACCACAACACAACUGUGAGCUCUGCAGUCCAGGUGCAGUUCUAUGUGUGUAACGGGAAGAGGAGAAGAAGCCAGACACAAAACUUCACAUACUUGGCUGGUGCUUCUCCACACCAUUAUCCCACUGCCAUUGACUGUACAGUUGUGGCAACUCGAGUGAAGCAAGAGCACAGAGACUCAGCCUAUCUGUCUACCUGCACCAAUCCCCUUGGCCUAUAUCCAACCAGCAGCCAGCUGACUUCUCCUGGCGUGGCCUUCUCUCAGGACAAGGCCUUGUAUGGUUCCUCUGGUGGUCACCCAGUGCCUUGUGAUCCACCCUCCCAGGCAGCAUACACUCCCUCUGGCUCCUCGCCUCUUCAGCACUCCCCUCACCUCCACAGCUACAGCCCCCGUAUGGGAUACCAGCGGAUAAGCCUUGUGCAUACACCUGACCCCAUGCCACCCCUUCGGACAAAGCCUGUCUACCAGGUCACACAACACAAUGUGCCUUACAGCGGCCAGGCCAGCUCUCCCAUGAGACCUGGCCCUGCCGCACCCCAGGUCAAUCGACCUCAGUCUGCCCAGACCAAACCAGCUGCCUCCAGCCCUCAUAGGGAAAUGUACCAGAGCCUCAUUGGACCUGAUCUCUCUGGCGCCACUCUCCAGUCUGCGGGAAACCACACCCAGAAUACAAGCCAGCUGCACUCUCUAAGCUACCACUGCUCCCAAUCAGACUCUGACCUGGCAGCCCUACAGGCUGAGUAUAAUCUGAGCUAUCACUCUGCCAGAAACUUGCCUGCCUCGUAUUCCCCCACCCCUGGAGCACAAGCAACCUGCUCCACCUCCCCGUCAGCAUCAGCCUCCUCUGGGGGUCCUCUGAGGCAACUGUCCCCCAGCAGAGCCCAGGGCCUGGCCUCUAGUAGUGACCCCCAGGAGUGUCCCCCGGCCCCCCAUUUCCUUUUCUCAAACGACCAAGAGAAAGUGAACAUCAAGCAGGAACCAGAGGAGAAGCUGCCUCUCGGCAACAUGAGGCUCCAGGAGAUCACACUGGAUGAUGUGAAUGAGAUCAUCGACAGAGACAUAUCUCAGCUCAUUGGUGGUGGUGCAGCAGAGUCCAGCCAACCAGGACAGGAUCCUUAUGAAUGGGAUUCUGUGAUUCUCCAGUGACAAUGUUCUUCCAUUCUUUGUCUUUCAUUCGUUUUCUAAUCAUCAUUACUCAGGACAUGAGUUGACUGGUGCUAUCAAUGCAUUUGGCAGUUCUAUUAUUAACUGAUCACAAUUUUGAUGGCAAAACUGUGGUGGCUAAAAGAGAUUCUCCUGUUCUUUUGUAUACUUUUUAGCCAGUAGUUUUGAAAGUAGCACUCACAAGCCAAAAGUUGUCCCUGAAAAUGUCACAUAUGUCACAUAUGUGCACCAAGUCAUUGCUCUCUCUGUCGCUCUGCUGUGUGUGCAUCUUGCUAGCUGUCAAUCAAAUGGCUAGGGGCUGAAGCUCAUUGGCUAGAACUUGAAUUGCUGGGGGGCUGGCCCAUGUGGGGGAAAAUGUAGCGAAAAUGGCACAGCACAGCUUCACAAAAAACAGUCGCUUUCAAACGAGGGAUUUCGUGACUAAUUGAGAGAAGACAGUAAUUCUGCUCAUAGAUUAUGCAUGUAUGAACUACACAUUGACACAUCCAUCCCAAAACGGGAGGUUGAAAAAAUAAUUCGUAGUCACCAAAGUUCCCAAGCAUGUCUUUAACUGGUGCAAUUACCAACCCAGUCGCUGGUAAUUCAUACAGGUGGUUAGGUUGUAGAGAAGUUAUGCCUGUUUAACAGAUCAGGAUUUUCAAGUCAAACUAAAGUAUCUUUCAGGAAAAAAGAUGGCUAUGCCUCUCAUACCAAAGAUUUUCCUGUCGCCUUUUGAAAAAGAGCAGAUGGAGGCACAGCUAAAAUAUGUCAACUAAUGUCUAUAAAUGCAUAAAAAUUACUAAUUUGCUGUUGAAAGAACCUUGAUGUCAAUGAAGAGGCUGAAGAAGGCCAAAUAGUAAAUGCUGUGUUAAUGUAAUAUUUAUUAGCAAAAUACAUUAGAUUUUAAUCUAUUUUUUUAUACUGUAGCUCUUGCAGUUGUAUGAUUCUUUAGAAUAAUGAUACAUUUCCGUAGCCUUGUAUUGCCGGCCUGGUAUUGUAUGCCCAUUUUCUAUUUCAAGAUUUUACUUUCCAAAGAAGUUACAAUUUUAUAAAGAAUUAUAUGACACUCUUUGGCAAUAUGUCAGGUGUGAAGCAGCUAUUUCAAAGUCAAAGAUUCUUCAUCAGGUGGUUUUGUUCAAUUAAAAAAAAUAUAUAUAUAUUGUUGGCUGUAUCUAUGAGUGGUUUCAAAAUCAUAUAGGCCUACAACAGGUGGGUCGUGGGUGUAGGUGGUUACACUUUCUCCUUUUUUCCCACUCAGUCAACACAUGCAUGAUGUUGCGACCACAGGAAUGGGACAACAUGUACAGUGUCUUCAGAAAGUAUUCACACCCCUUGACUUUUUUUAAAUGGAUUGAAUUCAGAUUUUGUGUCACUGGCCUACACAAUAGCCCAUAAUGUCAAAGUGGAAUUCUGUUUUUAGAAUUUUUUGUAAAUUAUUUUCAAAUUAAAAGCUGAAAUAUCUUGA